GCGGACUUGGGCUGAGGUUCCCGGGCGGGCGGGCGCGGAGAGACGCGGGAAGCAGGGGCUGGGCGGGGGUCGCGGCGCCGCAGCCAGCGCAGCCAACCCGAGGGGCCGCCGCCGCCGCCGCCCAGCGCGCUCCGGGGCCGCGGGCCGCCUCCAGCACCCGCCGCGCCGCAGCUCCGGGACCGGCCCCGGCCGCCGCCGCCGCGAUGGGCAACGCCGCCGCGGCCAAGAAGGGCAGCGAGCAGGAGAGCGUGAAAGAGUUCUUAGCCAAAGCCAAAGAAGAUUUUCUUAAAAAAUGGGAAAAUCCUGCUCAGAAUACAGCCCAUUUGGAUCAGUUUGAACGAAUCAAGACCCUCGGCACGGGCUCCUUCGGGCGGGUGAUGCUGGUGAAGCACAAGGAAUCCGGGAACCACUUUGCCAUGAAGAUCCUCGACAAACAGAAGGUGGUAAAGCUGAAACAGAUUGAGCACACCCUGAACGAAAAGCGCAUCCUGCAAGCGGUCAACUUUCCCUUCCUUGUCAAACUCGAGUUCUCCUUCAAGGACAACUCAAAUUUAUACAUGAUCAUGGAGUACGUGCCUGGUGGGGAGAUGUUCUCACACCUGCGGCGGAUCGGGAGGUUCAGUGAGCCCCAUGCCCGCUUCUACGCAGCCCAGAUUGUCCUGACCUUCGAGUACCUGCACUCGCUCGAUCUCAUCUACCGGGACCUGAAGCCGGAGAACCUCCUCAUCGACCAGCAGGGCUACAUUCAGGUGACAGACUUCGGUUUCGCCAAGCGUGUGAAAGGCCGCACCUGGACCUUGUGCGGCACCCCCGAGUACCUGGCCCCCGAGAUCAUCCUGAGUAAAGGCUACAACAAAGCUGUGGACUGGUGGGCCCUGGGGGUUCUCAUCUAUGAGAUGGCCGCUGGCUACCCGCCCUUCUUCGCUGACCAGCCCAUCCAGAUCUAUGAGAAGAUUGUCUCUGGGAAGGUGCGGUUCCCGUCCCACUUCAGCUCCGACCUGAAGGAUCUGCUGCGGAACCUCCUGCAGGUGGACCUCACCAAACGCUUUGGGAACCUCAAGAAUGGGGUCAAUGAUAUCAAGAACCACAAGUGGUUUGCCACGACUGACUGGAUCGCCAUCUACCAGAGGAAGGUGGAAGCUCCCUUCAUACCAAAGUUUAAAGGCCCUGGGGACACGAGUAACUUUGAUGACUAUGAGGAGGAAGAGAUCCGAGUCUCCAUCAAUGAGAAGUGUGGCAAGGAGUUUUCUGAGUUUUAGGGGUGUGCCUGUGCCCCCAUGGGUUUUCUUUCUUUGUUUCUUUUUUUUUUUUUUUUUUUGUGGUGGGUGGGAGGGUUGGAUUGAACAGCCAGAGGGCCCCAGAGUUCCUUGCAUCUAAUUUCACCCGCCCCCACCCCACCCUCCAGGGUAGGGGGAGCAGGAAGCCCAGAUAUUUGGAGGGAAACACCAGCUGCUCCCCCUCACCCCCUUCUCCCUCCUGCCCCCCCACCCCCCCUACCGCUUUUGCCUCCCUCCUCCCCCACAGCCCCCAACCCUAGCCCACUUCUGCCUGUUUUAAACGAGUUUCUCAGUUCUUCCCUUCUUCAGGUCAGACCAGGUCUUGCGGGUGUGUUAGGGACAGGGUGUGGAAAGAGGGGCCCAAACUUAACUCCAGCCACCUGCCCCCCCCCCCAAAAAAAAAAAACCACAGGCACCACUCUCUAAGGGCGAAUGAAUGAAAGGCUAACCUUCCCUUCAGAGCAA